AUGUCAUGCGAAAACCCGACAGCGGAGGCAGACGCUAUCAUGCCUCGAAAGCGCAAGUACGACAAGUCACGAACUUGUGUCAAGUGCAAAGAGAACGCCGGCAAUGUUGUUGUCAGGCAUGCGGUGUAUUGCAGAGCGUGCUUCAUACCACAGAUGACAUAUAAGUUCAGGCGUUCGCUCGAGCCAUAUGUCAACGCGAAACCUGACGGACCACGACGUACUGCACUGAAACCAACUGGAAAUCUCCUCGUAGCCUUUUCAGGAGGACUUGGAUCAACCGUGCUACUCGACCUUGUGAACCGCUGCUACGUCUCUCCCGACCCUACACUCCUCACUGCGGAUGGAGGGCGAGACCACCCACGAAACGAGCGUGUCUGGAAGAGGGUCCAUGUAUGCUAUGUUGAAUGUUGCGAUGUUCUUCUAGGGACGAAAGACCGAACCGAGGAGGUCAAGAAUCUAGUCGAACAGAUCCAAGGGGUGGAAUUUAUCUCCCUCCGAAUACAAGACGCCUUCGACUCUUCUUGGUGGAAUAGCAUCUUUCACGAGGAUUCAAAUGGUGAUGUUGUUGUGGACCUCAGUGAUGAAAUGCUACCUUUUGUCACGACAGGCAGCAGUACUCAGACCCCGCUCUCCGCCAUGAAAGCCUACCUCGCAUCGCUACCUACACCCACGGCUCUUCCUACUACACUCAAUAAUCUCAUCCGCGUUCUUCUCCAGCACACCGCUCUGAAUACCAACUCCUCGCAUCUUCUCUUUGGCACAUCCCUCACCAGCCUCGCAGUCUCUCUAAUCUCAAACGUGUCUCAGGGAGGGGGCUUUCACGUCAAAGAGGAGAUGCAGGAAGAGUGGUUCCCCGACGCACGCCUCGCUAAAAACUCCAAAAUCGGGUCUGUUCGGCUAAUACGGCCCCUCAAGGACAUCAGCGUGAAAGAGUGUGGCGUGUGGGCGUGGUGGUCGCGGCUACGAGUCAUCGGCCGCGAAGAGUGGACAUGGCCAGGGGCAAAGCCGGGUAUCGGCCGGCUGACGAAAGACUUCAUUAGAGGACUCGAGACCGACUACCCUUCGACGGUGUCGACCAUUGUGCGCACGUGUGGCAAGCUCUCGCCGAAGGGCUCGACUUCUGGACAGUGCUUGCUUUGCCAGCGGCCGGCGCAGGAGGGUGUUCAGGCGUGGAAGGCGCGCAUUGCCAUCCGCUCGCACGACGACGUUGCUCUAGCUGGCACCUCUGUUCCUGACCCGCCAGGGCAUGCGCUCGCGCCGCUGCUGUGCUACGUCUGCCACACAACACUGACGAGCAAGGGCACGCGCGCCGCGCCGGCACUGUACCCCUCACAUACAAGCCCGUCGGUGGGAAUCUCGGUGCCGUUGUGGGCCUCCUCGUAUCUUCUAGGCAGCGCGCUGCACGACGAGAGCUCUGACACGGGCUUCGUAGAGCCUGUCGCGUUCUCGGGCGGGAAGAGGAUGAGUCAGGAGGAGCUGCGUGGGGCGAUCAGCGAGUUUAUCUUAGAUUAG